AUGACUGAUCUCACGGGAACGUUGUCUGAUGUCUUGGUUCAAAAGCACUCCGCAAAGCGAUUGCACCAGCAUCGAGACCUUGCAGGCAAGCUAGAUUCGUUUCUGCGAGAAGCGUACCAAAUCAACAGAUCCAUCUCGUCGCUGUUGGGCUACUUGCGAGCCAUCCGCACCCCGUACCUUUCGACAGCUCCUCCGCCUCGCCAUCACAAACACCCAGGAGGAGCCGAGAGACAUUCCCACAUCCCGGGUGGUCGAGAGAAUGUACCAGAACAUCUCAACGACACGCAGCGAGAAGCAAUCGAUUCCGAGACGUCGUCGGUCCUUCGCGACAUCAACAAUAAGAUAACCAACCUCACGUCGGCGGUCAACCUACAACACGAGACGGCGAGUAAGGUCCUUGAAAGAAAAUAUGGGAAACCAGACGGGUUUUUGUGGCGGUGGGCGGCGGGCGACGGCGACACGCCCGACGCGGGCAAAUCACAAAAGCAACUCGACGAAGAAGGGCAACUGAAAACGACAAAGAUGUUUCGGGACGGGGUGUUGUGGUACCUGAACAAAUUCCUCAAGGACGCCAUAACGGCCCAGCAGGAGAUGGUUGAGAAACGACUGGAGCGCGAGCAGCAGAAGCAAAUGAGUAUACUCUACAACCCACGAAAUAAGGGUGUGCGGGUCAGUCGCGAUACAGAGACCGGGGCAGCAAAUGGUAGUCUCGAGACAAUGAUUCCCCAGCCGACUCAAGACCUACGUGGUCACGACGAAUACAAGCCCUGGACGGACGCCUCCCAGGGUGGAGUUGAACAAGAGCUCACGCCCGAACAGCUCCAACUCUUCGAGGAAGAAAACAGGGGCAUCUUUGAGCAUUUCAACGACCAACUCGCCAAAGUGACGCAGGUGGAAAAGUCGCUGAUGGAGAUUGGCAGUCUUCAGCAGACGCUGGUGGGACAUCUGAGCGUUCAGGGCGAGAUGAUCGAUACCCUGGUCCAGGAUGCGGCCAACACGGAUGAGAAUGUGCGCAGGGGAAAUCGAGAGCUGAAGAAGGCGAGUGAGAGGGGGAGUACGGCGAGGUUGGUCUUCUAUGCGACGAUGGGCUUUUGUUCGUUCCUGGUGGUGUGGGAUUUGAUAUUCUAA